GAUCUACACAGACUGGGCCAACCACUAUCUGGAAAAAGGCAAGAGCAAGAAAAGAGUUAGCGCUUUAGCAACGGAUUGCAGUGAUGGAGUUCUUUUGGCGGAGGUCAUCGAGUCAGUCACGUGCCAAAAAAUAUCGGAUGUGCAAAGAAAACCCAAGACUCCCAAUCAAAUGUUGGAGAACAUCAACGCCUGUCUGUCGUUUCUGCGUAGCCAGCAUGUCGCCGGCAUCGAGAAUGUUUCGGCGCAAGAAUUGCGCGACGGCAAGUUGAAGGCCAUCCUGGCCCUGUUCUUCGCGCUUUCGAGACAUAAACAAGCCGCCAAGAGUUGCAGCAGACACGGAGUCGCGCCGCAGCCGCAGCAGGAUAUGACUCCUAAUAGAUCUUCGGGAAUAGUCCAUAAGGGGGGAAGUAGCAUCCCUUUGCCGGGCUCCUCUCUGCCAGCUCGAAGAUGUCCCCCGGACAAAGUCCGGCCGGUGGCAAGCAGCAGUCGGAGCACCAGCCCUGCUUUGUCCAUGAUACCCAGAGCACCUCCGUCUCAAAUAGCCAGUCCCUAUCAAAGCAAUAACCAAUCGCAGAAAAACUCGAUGCUAGAUAAGCUGAAACUGUUCAAGAAUAACGAGAAACCUGUACCGGUCAGUAACGGAAAACGAACUAGUAGCUCUAGCGGAGUUUCUUCAGCUAGAAGUGAAAGAAGUGAUUCAAGUAUAAGUCUGGAGCCUAAUGUUGAUUUAAAACCAAUUCGAAAUACGUCUCGGCUGAAGCAGACGCGGCCUGGUAAACCAGCUCAAGUCAAGAACAGUCCAAAUUCUACUAAAAAAGAAGUAGCUACCAACAAAUCUAACAAAACGGCCGCUGAUGUAGAAAAACAUGCUUAUAAAAUAGCAAAUCUUCCAGCUACUAAGUUAACAGAACCAAAAAUCAGAGUUACCGCUAGUAAAGAACCUCCACCGAAAGUAAACCAUAUACCCAUACAUAACGGGACUGCUCAAGCAGUUCCUGGUACAGGCAUACCCAAACCAACUGCUGCUGUGAAAGGCACUACUAAGAUAAGUAGAGACGUUAGCGUUAGUUCAUUCAAAAUUCCCAACAGCACAUCCAUAUCCAGAGAGAGCUCUCAGGUAUCGUUAAAGCAACAAAAAGCUGCUGUAGCCUUAAUUUCUCCGAUUAAAAAUGAAAAGGAUACAACACAAUUGUCAGAAAGCAGUCAUAGUGCUAGUACCGGUCAUCACAGUAACUCCAGUGAAAGUUCUGUCAUCUACAAACCUUCCAGUGAAAGCGGUUCAGAGUGCCACAAUGUUAUUCCGAAUAGAAAAGAACCUGUUAACUAUAUCACAGCUGUAACUGACCAAUCACCUCCCCCUCCUGCGCCUCAAACACCGAAAGAACCACCCAAUGACGAAAACAAGGACCAAAAUAGCGACAAAGAAAUUAACAACAUAUCGUACAAUAACCUAGUGAACAGAGAAAAGCUAGAUAUAUCGAAAGAAACAGAAAAAGAUAUCCUGAAUCAUAUCAAAGACGUAUACCUAGAAGAAAAAGAUGAUAAUUUAUCAAUAGAACCAAUGAGGCCUUUACUUCGAGGAUACUGCAGUACAUUAACUCUACCACCACGGCAGCGACAAUACCAGAGGGUGCAGCCCGACGGUGGUUCCGAUUAUUGUGAAAUUUCGUUGGCCAAUGGGUACCUUUCGGAUGGGGAGGUGUUGAGAAAUACCGUUGUUAUGGAUAUAAACGAUGGGUAUUUAUCUGAAGGAGGGUCCAUUUUGUAUACCAGAAGGCUACAGACUAUGCCAGCACAUCUACCAAAUGGUUGUUUAGAGUCUGUCAAUUACGUUGUCCAAAACUGUGUAAAAGUUUCUUUGUGUCAGAAAAUUCAAGUAAAUAGGUAUGAUUUCACUCCCCUUAAAAAAAAUGUCCAUAAUAAUUUAUCACAAAAUGUCAGUCAUUUUACUUUCAUUCUCGAUAAGUACGUAGCAAUGUUGUGUACUCCGAAAGAUAAGAUACAAACACCAGAUAAGUCAAACACACCGAAUAAACAAGCCGGGUUACUUCUUAUCGCACUCACCAGACCAACUCAACAGUUUACCACCACGCCCCCCACUUUCUCCACUCCUGACUACAACCAUAACCACACAAACUGA